AUGCUUUCUUCGAGAAUUCCGGGAGUCGCUAGCAAGAGGCUGUUGCAGCUGGCGAGACAGCAGCAGGGGAAUGCCGUAGUCGGUGCCGCGGUGAGGAGCAGGCUGCGUGCCUCCUCUUACUCUACACAAUCUCGGUCAACAAGACGGAACGGCACACGGUUAGUGACCGGGGCAGCUGCAGUCGCGACCGUACUUCUCGUCUCACAGCUCUACCAGAUCGAAAACGAGUCGGCACAACAGCAACCGCUGUUGCCAGGGGCCCCAACGAAGAGUAUAUCCCCCUCGGAGGUCGCUAAACACAACACCCCGGACGACUGCUGGGUCGUGAUCGAAGGGUAUGUGUACAACCUGACAGAGUUUAUUCCGACUCACCCGGGUGGGCCCAUGGUCAUCAAGAGUAACGCGGGGAAAGAUGUCACGGCGAUCUUUAAGCCGUUGCAUGCCAAGGGGACCAUCGAGAAAUUCGUUAAGAAGGAAUGGUUCAUUGGACCACUGUCUGAACCGAUGCCAGCGGAACUUGUGUGCCCGGAGUACACACCGGGUGAAACGAGAGAAGAGAUUGUAUUGAAGGAGAGACUGCGCGAGAGUUUGCCGCCGUUGGCCAAUAUCGUCAACCUUUACGAUUUCGAGAAGUUGGCGUCCAAGAUCUUGUCCAACCAGGCAUGGGCUUACUACUCCUCCGGGUCAGACGACGAAAUCUCACUCAGGGAGAACCACAACGCCUACCACCGGAUCUUCUUCAAACCAAAGGUGCUCGUUGAUGUCAGCAAAGUGGACACCAGGACAAAGAUGCUAGGAUCACAAACGGACGUGCCCUUCUACGUCACUGCGACGGCCCUGAUGAAAUUGGGGAACCCACAGGGCGGGGAGAUGGAUAUCGCCAAGGGAUGUGGUGCGACAGACGUCAGAGUCCCACAGAUGAUUUCCACUUUGGCGUCUUGCUCAAUCGAUGAGAUCGCGGACGCGAAAGUGCACGAUGACCAGAUCCAGUGGUACCAACUGUACGUAAACUCAGACAGGAAAGUGACCAAAGAGCUGAUCCAACAUGUGGAGGCGCUGGGCUUGAAGGCCCUUUUCGUCACCGUUGAUGCACCAUCCUUGGGCCACAGGGAGAAAGAUUUAAAGAUCAAGUUCUCCACAAUGCAAAGCGGUCCCGAAUUGAUGCAGUCCAAGCCAGAACAUAAAGACGCGGGCGCUGAGAAAGGUGCGUCGAGAGCGCUUUCGAAAUUCAUUGACCCAGCAUUAAGUUGGAAUGAUAUCGUCGAGUUCAAGAAGCAUACAAAGCUACCGAUCGUCAUUAAGGGUGUUCAAAGAGCAGAGGACGUUGUCAAAGCUGCCGAACUGGGGCUUGCCGGUGUUGUGAUCUCAAACCACGGUGGAAGACAGUUGGAUUUUUCAAGAUCUCCAGUCGAGGUCCUUGCCGAGAGUGUUCCUGAAUUGGAGAAGCGCGGACUGAGAAGUGACAACUUCCAAUUGUUCAUCGACGGUGGGGUUCGUCGUGGUACGGAUAUCUUGAAGGCGCUCUGCCUCGGUGCCAACGGUGUCGGUCUGGGCAGACCGUUCAUUUAUGCGAAUUCAUGUUACGGCAAAGAAGGUGUUGCCAAGGCAAUUUCUUUGCUAACGGAUGAAUUGGAGAUGUCGAUGAGACUCCUUGGCGUGACCUCUAUUGACCAGCUGGGGCCUGAAUUGUUGGAUUUGUCCGCCUUAAGAAACAGAAACGUGAGUGUAGCACACGAUAACCUGUACAAUUCCGUGUACAAAAGCCCUACUCUUGCCCAGUUUAUCGACGAGGACGGUGAUUUGGAUGACAUUUAA